GCUGCAGCCGGGCCCACAGAGCUAUCUUUGGUGGAAAUGCUAUUUAAAAACAAAACGAUAUGGCUUACAGGGGUAACCAGGCAAGUGUACGUGGCAACAAAUAAGCUGGUUAAACGAGAAUAGGCAGAUGAGGCUUUAUCUUACAGACGGGAGAUCGCCAUGCGCGAGCUAUGUCGGAAAAUAAAAGGGCACCUUGGUUUUUUAUUUACAGAAGUAAAGAAACUGUCUUUUUGUAACACCGGAUACGUGUAAUGGUUAGCAGCGUGCGUGCUGAAUACGUCGCAGGGUCCCCAGCUUUUUGCCGUACAAUUAAAAUGGCUGUUGUAGCAUCACGUCAUUAUUUCCCGCAGAUAAAGGUUGAAGUGCGCAACACGUUAAACGAUAUCGACCACUUAAAAAGUACAGCGCAGGGCACCAAAAUAGACGUACAGCUCACUAAAGGCUCAUUUGUUCCUGUCUUGACUGAACGUGCUUGCGCACUGCUAACAAAAACAGCACCCUGCGCUGCACAUUCUCUGCCCCCAGCCACAGCGCCACCUUGCUGCAGGGUCUGUCUUUGCUCCGUGCUCAGGGCCAACUGCUGGACGUGGUCCUCUCCAUAAACGAGGAGCGCUUCCAGGUGCAUAAGGCGGUCCUUGCUUCGUGCAGUGACUACUUCAGGGCCAUGUUCACUGGAGGGAUGCGGGAGGCCAGUCAGGACACCAUCGAGCUGAAAGGGCUGUCCGCUCGUGGGCUGAAGCAUAUUAUCGACUUUGCGUACAGUUCUGAGGUCACUCUGGACCUGGACUGCAUCCAGGACGUGCUGGGAGCAGCCGUCUUCCUACAGAUGGUUCCUGUGGUAGAGCUCUGUGAGGAAUUCCUCAAGUCGGCCAUGAGCGUGGAGACCUGCUUGAACAUCGGCCAGAUGGCCACAGCCUUCAGCCUGUCCUCGCUAAAGGAGUCAGUGGACGGCUUCACCUUCCGCCACUUCCUGCAGAUCGCCGAGGAGGACGACUUCCUGCAUAUCCCUGUCGAGCGGCUCGUCUUCUUCCUGCAGAGCAACAAGUUGCGCAACUGCAGUGAGAUCGACCUGUUCCGCGCUGCCAUCCGCUGGCUGCGGCACGACGAGGCGCGGCGCGCGCAGGCGGGCGUCGUGCUCUGCCAUGUGCGUUUCCCGCUCAUGCGCUCGCCCGAACUGGUGGACAGCGUGCAGACGGAGGACAUUAUGGUGGAGGACGUACAGUGCCGGCAGUUCCUCCUGGAAGCUUUCAAUUACCAGAUCCUCCCCUUCAGGCAGCACGACAUGCAGUCGCCCCGCACGGCCAUCCGCUCUGACGUGGUUUCGCUCGCCGCCUUCGGCGGGACGCCCUACACGGACAACGACCGCGUGGUGAGCAGCAAAGUGCACUACCUCCCCGACUGCACCGCACGCCAGUUCCGGGAGCUUGCCGAGAUGGAGGUGGCCUGCAGCCAUGCCUGUGUUGCCGUGCUUGACAACUUUGUGUACGUGGUGGGCGGCCAGCACCUGCAGUACCGCAGCGGCGAGGGCGCCGUAGAUGCCAGCUUCCGCUAUGACCCGCACCUCAGCCAGUGGCUGCGCAUCCAGCCCAUGCAGGAGAGCCGUAUUCAGUUCCAGCUUAGCGUGUUGCAGGGAAAGCUCUAUGCCACUGGGGGGCGCAAUCGCUCCGGCAGCUUGUCCUCUGUGGAGUACUACUGCCCGAAGACGAACGAGUGGACCUAUGUGGACCCGCUGAAGCGCAGGAUCUGGGGACAUGCGGGAGCCACCUGCGAAGACAAGCUGUACAUCUCAGGAGGCUAUGGAGUCUCCGUCGAGGACAAGAAGACCACACACUGUUACGAUCCCAGCACUGACCAAUGGGAGUUCAGGUGCCCUAUGAACGAGCCGCGAGUUCUGCACGCCAUGGUGAUGGCUAGGGGCCGUCUCUACGCCCUCGGGGGCCGCAUGGACCACGUGGACCGCUGCUUCGACGUUCUGGCUGUGGAGUACUACAUCCCGGACUCGGACCAGUGGACCACUGUAAGCCCGAUGCGAGCCGGCCAGUCAGAGGCUGGCUGCUGCCUUCUGGAUGGAAAAAUCUACGUCGUGGGCGGCUACAACUGGCACCUGAAUAAUGUCACCAGCAUCGUGCAGGUUUACAACGCUGACACAGAUGAAUGGGAGCGUGAUUUGCAUUUCCCAGAGUCCUUCGCUGGAAUCGCCUGUGUCCCCGUCAUACUUCCGCAGAGUGCGACCCAGAGGUGACCUGCGGGCUGAACCUGACACCCACUGCAUCUCUGCAGGACUCAAACUGGCAGCUUUUGCUUCGUUUGACUGAGCCGCCAUAGAGAGGAAAGAAACAAUUCAAACAAGGGUUAGAAUGAUGAAGUGCAUCCUUGGUAUGGAUAGAGCUUGUAAUGAAAAACGUAUCUGUGUUUUAAACAAGCAAAGAAGUAAAUGUUCUGCUUGUACUAAGCAGCAUGGUGGGCGAAGUUCUCAGUUCAGUGUUUUGAUUAAUAUUAACCUCAGAAUAAUGUCCAUUUGAAAGUUUGUGCAUUUACUACCAGCUUGAGGUUAUCCCAGUUAAUGUGGGCCUGGCUACUCGCAUUAAAAAUAUCACCAGUCAGUAUUUAAUGAGUGACCUCAAUGGCUAGAUGCUGGACAGAGCAUCUGAGCUCCGUAAAUAUGUCGGUUAAUGUCAAUCAUCACGACAUCCUGCUAAAUCUCUGGGAGGGAGUCACGCCAUCACCCAGCCUCGUCACGCAUCACUUGCAGGAGAGACGCUGGCUGGACAGUGGGUCGAUUCUGAGUCGGCUGCUUGGGGAUCCGUUCAGUGGCGAAACGGCCUGUGUUGAAAGAUCCGCCACGCAGCCGUGCUGCUCCUUUGUCACCAAGCACAAAUGUAAGCACGCACCUCCUGGACAUUUUCCUUGGUGUUACACUCUGAUGGCCAUGUGUGCCCACUUAUACACACGUGCAGUGGGGUUUUUUUUCCUUAUACCCACAGUGACAAGUGCACUAAGUAAUGAUGGACACCACUGUGUUUGUGAUUCCAGCAGCUAUUGCUUCAACACGGAGAGCAACCCCAAACUCUGCUGUUAAAGGUGGUUUCCCCCUGUAUAAUUCCGUAAUUUAUUCUUCAUAUACUUUUGAGGUCUCUCUAAGAAAGGUUGCAGUUUCCUGGGGUAGAUGUGCAGAGAGAUGCAGGCACUGGUCCGAUACACGCAUGUCACACAGUGCCUCGUGGUUAGACCUCCGAGUGUAAAGCUGCUCAAGGUUACCUCUCUCUGUACAUCGUCAAUGGUGCAUGUGUGUGUAACAGCUACUUAUGCACCAACACACAAACAUGCACAGUUACAGGUGAGGGAUUAGUUCAUUUUUAAUUAGUAAAAGGAUGUAAGCACAUGUACACAGGCAGGGGGUGACUCAUGCGGGGUCCCGCCUUGGAUAAUCAGCAGCACACUGGAUGGAUGGAUAGAUAGAUGGAUGAUGUGCGCACACUGUACAGUGAGGUCAUUCCAGCAUCCAGUUAUCAUGCUUCAGUUUCCAUCCCACAAACACGCCUCCAGCACAGCUGCUCAUGUUGAUGCCGACUGGCUUUGUUUGUGAAAUAAACUGUUAAAAAUGGCGACGCGGAGGAAAUGCUGAUCCUUGGACACCGCUCCUUCCUAAAAGGAAAUGCUGAUCCUUGGACACUGCUCCUUCCUAAAAGGAAAUGCUGAUCCUUGGACACUGCUCCUUCCUAAAAGGAAAUGCUGGUCCUUGGACAUUGCUCGUUGUGUCGGCUCUAUGAAUAGUAAUGCAGCUUCAUUAGGCUGUUGGUAGCAUUUGUAAGUAUAAGCGAUGCUCAGCAGUUUGUCUGGAAGCAUUGCUGUCAUUGACUUGGCAAGUUAAACUCUGUUGUUUCCAGCAGGUGCUAUAUAUACUGAUAAAAUUAGACCAGCCUGUGUUAAAAUUGCACAGAAAAUUGGCGUAGAUGCAGAUAUUCGAUUGAUGGGUAGUUUCCACAUUAACGCUGUAGUGUAAUAGGUCAUGAGCCCUCCAUUUGCAGUUCUAACUUCACAGUUUUUGGAUCUGCUCCAAAUUCAGUGCUUCCAAGCGGCAUGAUCCUGUAUUUUCCUUCCUAUGCUGGAUUGUCCUCUGUCCAGGUGGGAGCUGUAGCAUUUCUGCUUUCAGUGUUAGGACUCCAGAACCAGGGAGGGAUCAUUACUGUCCCUCUAUUAUAAAGAGGAAAAAAAACAUCUGCAUUAAAUAUAUAAAGACAUUUUCUUACAGCGACUCCCGCGUUUGCUGGGCGUACAGACUGAUCUGCUGUUUCAUUUUACCAGUGUUUUUUUGCUGCGGUGCACUUACUCCUUGAAUGACUCGUAUUUCUGUGUGUUUUCCGCUCUGCACUUUCUCUUCACGCUGUCGGGCAGACCACAGCCUACUCUUCAGGAUCUCUACCUCCAGCAUCGCAGGAACCAUACAUGUGCACUUUCCUUCCUCUGUCAUUUCUCUAAAAAAAACUGUCACAAGAUGUAACUGUGAUAAAAUGCUGAAUGUACCUUUCUUAGCAUUAUUUUCUUGCAUCAUGUGCAACAAUAGCAACAACUAUUUGCUUUGUGAAUGUGGUUUUAAUUAAGUCCAAAAUGGAUCAUGUGAGAUUUCGUUUUUUUGAAUGAUGACAAUUUCUCUUUUGAAGAGAUUUAUUAAUGUGCGCUGUGAAUUGUUUGCAAAAAUGAAGGAAAUCUUGUGCUGGAUUUGUUUAUGUUAUUAUGUCUUAAUUAUGUUGGUAACAGUGCAGUUAGGCACUUGUAAGCUCUCAGAGCACAUUCUAAAGAGCUACAAAAAGAUUAUGCAGAGAGUACGCAACAAAAUGAUGAAUUAUACUUUCCCUAUUUCAGUCCCCUCUAGGAAUGUUCUCUGGAUUAUUUCUCUCUCUCUCACACACACAGUUCUAAUAUAUAUAUACAGUGUUGUACUUUUUGCAUGCUAUGUUUUCCAGUCUACAAUAACCAGAUAAGUGUUUUUGUUUACUAAGAUGCCUCAAAACAGAAAGAAUGUCUUCACCAUUAACCAAAAGCUUGUGUGCUUUAUCUUAUCCUUUUGUCUUUUUAAUUGGUUAAUUGUGCUUCCUUUACAGUUUGCAGUUAAAAUAACUUGUGGUCUGAAACCUGCAGACUGAGUGAACCAGAAUGAUCUGUUUAUUUUGGAAUGAUAUCAGAUCUCAUUUAGGGUUGAUUGUCUGGUUUUGGCAAAAAAAAUCCUACUUGUCAUUCAAACUGAUUCAUGUUUAAUUGUUUUUUUAAAUGAAAUGCAUGGAUAUAUCGGUCACAAAAUAUAUGAAUUAUAUCAAUAAAUGCAAAUAGUCAAUGGA